UUGGCCCGGGUGGUCUGCGUGGCCACUGACGCAGGGCUGGGGACGGACUGGGGAGGGGGCGUGUGAAACACUGCUCCCGUAGGCCAGGUAACUGUUUUGGGGCUACUCAAUUCAGGGACGCUCCAUCUUGGGGUUUUCAGUAAGUCUUUUCCAUGCUGGGCCUCAGUUUGUCCACGUAAGAAUUGAGAGUUUAGAUGAACUCCCUACAGACCCCUCAUGCUGUGAAUGUCUGACAUUGCAAGGUCUAUGCCUGGCUCAACAUGCUAGGCAGUUCUACCGAAGUCUCCCCCGCCACUCCAGAUGUAGACUUUUUUUAACCACUUCGUGCACUUUGUCUCACGGAGGUUUAAAAUGAUUACCACAAAUGUUUUCUUGGAAAUAGCUUUACUGAUCCUUCACCGUUCCUUGCUGCCGUCCAUAGUUUUCCCGUGGAGCAUUUUGCUUGCAAACAUUUUGCUGUCUGUAUUUGCCCAUUCUCUCUUUGUUCCCUAGGCUAGGCUGUUUUUGCUUCACAUCUGGAUUAUUGCAACAGCUUCUUAGUUGGUCUCUGACUCCAGAGGUUUCACCCUCCCCCAUCCUUCCUUUAUGCUAACGCCAAACUUAGUAUAGGAAGUAAAAAAAAUAGUUGAGUGCUUGCUUAGUAAAAGUCAAAAUGUUGUGAGUAGUGGAUGGACUGUGACUCUCCCAAGGCUUUAUUUACAGUGGGUGUUCAGACAUUGCCUGUGAAUAGGUGAUGUCUGUGACACAAAGCUGUGACCGAUAGAAUUCAGCAGGAGAGGUAGAGGUCAGUAAGGGAUGGGACUUGAACUGUGUGUUAAGAGGGAGUAGGAUUCAGAUGGGGAGAAAAGGAUCCUAUGGAGUUAGUGAUUAGAGCAGCCUCCUGGCAGAGGAGGGGUAAGGUGGGAGAGAAGGAGGAAAGGUUGAUUAGGCUUGGUUCCUGCAAGAUCUUGAAUACUAGGCCAAAGUUGAAACUAUUCUAAAGGCAAGCAUAUUCCAGGAAGAAAAGACCAGGCUUGCUAGAGGUGGAACCUAAUAGAGGCUAGGAUACUGAGCCAGGGAGCCAUGGCAGUCAGCAGUAGAGAGCUGAACUGUCCUUUCUGCCUGCAUCAUGCUGUCCAGACUUUGCUACUUCCCCCACCCCCUUUCAAGGGUCUCUUAGCUUUUUCCCUCUCACCUGAACCUGACCUUUUUCCGGUCUCUGUUCUCCUAGUUUGGCCAGGUUAUGACUGCCUGUGGGGCAGUUCCAGGCCUCCCAGCACAUUCUCCAUUUCACUUCCUUCAAGCCCCUGCUGAAGAUACACUUCCUCCAGAGGGUGUUCCCUCACCGCCCUACCCCCAUGCCUUUGUGGCACUGGGAUUCCAAAGCAAGCUUCCUUGGUUAUUGAGCUUGUCCUGGCCCAGCCAGAGCAGGAGUUUCGUCUGAAGGCACAGCAUGUAUGUGAAUGCUUCUUUCAGACUCCUGCUACCUGAUUCUGGACCUGGAGUUUUGAGAAUAGGUCCUCAUGUAGUUCCUGAUUUUUGUUGGUAAACAACUUUCUUCUUAAAGGAGAAGCUGUUGGUAGUUAUGAACUCUUCUUGUCCUUUGUGACUCCUGGCAUUUAAUGCUGCAAUUCCAGGUGGAUGUUUUCAAUUUUAUUCUCAGAUGCAGAAAGCACAGAAUAAUUUUUUUUUUUUUUUUGGUUCUUUUUUUCGGAGCUGGGGACCGAACCCAGGGCCUUGCGCUUCCUAGGUAAGCGCUCUACCACUGAGCUAAAUCCCCAGCCCCAGAAAAAAUUCUUUAAAAUAUGUUUAUUCCUAAUCAGUAGAGAAAAAAAAAAAAACAUGUAAUUCUUAAGUCUAAGGCUAUGUGGGGAAGGUCAGGGGACCAGACGGGCCUGGGUCUGAACCUCUGUACAGCUGCUCACUAGUUAUGAACUUGAGCCAUUUCUUAUGUUUGCUGAGCUUGUCUUUUCUUUCCUUCUUUUUUCUUUUUUGGUGCUGCAGAGUUAAUUAGCCCAGGGCCAUACACAUGCUAGACAAAUGCUCUACCACUGAAUUACAUCCCCGCCUUGAGCCUGAGUUUUCUUACCUAUAAUGUGUAAUGAAGUCGGGGUUGUACAGUUUUACAGCGUCAUGUGCAUCUGCCUGUCCAUGUGCUUUCCACCUCCCCCAUCUCCUCUUUAUCUUCUGAGACGGGGUCUCAUUGUAUCUGGAGUUCACUGUUCAGCCAGACUGGUUGGUUGUCCAGCAAGCCCUAGAGAUGCUCCUGUCCCCACCUCCCCAGUGCUGGGAUUCCAAGCGUGAACCUCUGUGCGUGGCAUUUUACAUGGGUGCUGAGAAUCCGAAUUCAGGCCCUACUGGAAGUAAGCUCUUCAGUAUAGACUGAGCCCUCUCCACAGCCACUAGGAUUUUUUUAGUAUAUGUGCCGCCGAAGCGAGCACGCCACUAGGAUUUUUAAUGGAGAUGGCAUACAAGGGAGAUAAGAUAGCAAAACCUUGGAAGUGUUGAAGACAUUUUAUUAUUAUGAUUAGGUGUGGUGUAUUAGGAGUGAAGAUGGACUGCCAAGGCCCUCUGUACAUGCGUCCAGCCUGCCUUCAGUUGAAGCAAGAAUGUCAAACAUUAUAAACCCAGAGCCCCAUCAUUUUGUUAUAUUUCCAUUCAUUUUCAUGUUAUUUUAGUUGAAAUUCUGUUUCAUGCUUUCAAACUUCUUCACUGUGUCCAUUUAAUGUUUUGUAGCUGACAAACUGCUGAAUUUAGCUUAGUGAAGGUCGCCAACUGAGCACAGUUAAGCCUCUAAUGGUUAUUUUCUGUUGAUGUUGCUGGCAUGGAAAGCACCCUGGAAGAAUGCAAUUCAAGAUUACGUCUCGUGUCGGGAGAAAUGGACAGCAGCAGUUUCAUUCAGUUUGAUGUGCCUGAGCACAGCAGCACCGUUCUGAGCCAACUAAACGAGCUCCGCCUGCAGGGGAAGCUAUGUGACAUUAUCGUCCACAUUCAGGGCCAGCCCUUCCGAGCCCACAAAGCCGUCCUCGCAGCCAGCUCCCCGUAUUUCCGGGACCAUUCAGCACUGAGCACUAUGAGUGGCUUGUCGAUAUCCGUGAUUAAGAACCCCAGCGUGUUUGAGCAGUUGCUCUCCUUCUGUUACACUGGAAGAAUGUCCUUGCAGCUGAAGGAUGUUGUCAGUUUUCUGACCGCAGCCAGCUUUCUUCAGAUGCAGUGUGUCAUUGACAAGUGCACACAGAUCCUAGAGAGCAUCCACUCAAAGAUCAGUGUGGGAGACGUUGAUUCUGUUACCAUUGGUGCUGAAGAGACUCCUGAGAGCCGGAAUGGGGUGAAAGAUGGCAGCUUCUUCACCAGUCCUGUUGAAAUCUCCCCUCCGUACUGCCCUCAGGUACGACAGCCUCCAGUCAGCAGUGAUCUCCGGAUGGAGACGACCCCCAACAAAGCCCUUCGGAGCCGCUUGCAGGAAGAGGGGCACUCAGAUCGGGGGAGCAGUGGGAGCGUGUCUGAGUAUGAGGUUCAGAUAGAAGGGGACCAUGAGCAAGGGGACUUGUUGGUGAGAGAGAGCCAGAUCACCGAGGUCAAAGUAAAGAUGGAAAAGUCUGACCGGCCCAGCUGCUCCGACAGCUCUUCCCUGGGUGAUGAUGGCUACCACACGGAGAUGGUUGAUGGGGAACAAGUUGUGGCCGUGAAUGUGGGCACCUACGGCUCUGUGCUCCAGCACGCCUAUCCCUACUCCCAGGCAGCUUCACAGCCUUCCAGUGUGCCAGAAGCUUUUGGAGGUCAGACCAAUUCCAGUCCAUCCAGGUCCAUGCUGAGCUGCUUCCGAGGCCGUGGGGCCCGCCAGAAGCGGGCUCUGUCUGUUCACCUGCACAGUGACCUGCAGGGUGUGGUGCAGGGGUCUGAUAGUGAAGCCAUGAUGAACAAUCCCGGUUAUGAGAGCAGUCCCCGGGAGAGGAGUGCCAGAGGGUACUGGUACCCAUACAACGAGAGGUUGAUCUGUAUUUACUGUGGGAAGUCCUUUAACCAGAAGGGAAGCCUCGACAGGCACAUGCGGCUGCACAUGGGCAUCACCCCCUUUGUGUGCAAGUUCUGUGGGAAGAAGUACACGCGCAAGGACCAGCUGGAGUAUCACAUCCGGGGCCACACCGAUGACAAACCGUUCCGAUGUGAGGUCUGUGGGAAGUGCUUUCCAUUCCAGGGCACCCUCAACCAGCACCUGCGGAAAAACCACCCAGGGGUCACCGAGGGCAGGGGUCGCAUGGAGUCCCCCGAAAGAACAGAUGUAUAUGGGGAACAGAAACUUGAAAGUGAUGCGUCAGCCUCAGAGAUGGCGCUAGAUUCCCGCCUGGAAAUCCACACAGUGUCUGAUGCGCCUGACUAGGACCCGAGCAAAGCACACCAGUCAGUGCAUCGUCGUCGUGAUUUGCUUUGUUGUAAUCUUUGCUUUCCCCACCAAAUCUCUCGGUUUUUCGCUAGUUUCUCUGAAAGUUCUGGGUGGGGUACUUCUUGUGUUUACUCUCCCCUCCAUUCCUCUCCCCCAAGGAGCUCAAAGCAUGAAGGGCAGUGUAUCCAGGGAAAACACAGGCUGACAAUAUUCCUCUUUGGCUAAAUGCUUCUCCCAACUCUGCCAGUGAUUCAGCUAUGCCAACUGAUUGACCCCACAUGCUCUGCCAGGGGCCGCACUCACUGUAGGUGCUAGCCUGGGUGCAUUUUCACGGAGAGAGGCUAGGAUGCCGUCAGCUGGUACAAAUGGGUAACCUUUUCUAAUUUAAAAUUACUUUUAGGGGGUAGUUAGACAAUUUAUAUAUAUAUAUAAUAAAGUGGUUAUUAUAUAUAUAGUAUAUAUACAUUCUCAAAUUUGAGUUUAUUCUGGUUGAGGUGAAUGUAAGAGGAAUAUAUAAUUUAAUACAAUGUGAACAGAGCUCUGGCUUUGUUUCAGCCCCUCCUACUAUGUUAGUUUUAACCCUUCGUUUCCCUUACAGAAGAAUGUCAGUAGACUUUCAUAUAUAGUAAUCAUUGUGUCCAAAUGCAAGCAAAGCAAAUCACAGUGUUCGUAGCUCUGCUUCAUAACAAACACAUAAACCAAAUGCCAUAAAUAAGGUUCCUUCAACUGUAGUGGGAAACCAUUUUGGAAUUUUUGUUUGUUGUCCAGGUACACUGGACAACCUGUGGUGCUGACCUUUCUACACAGUGUAGUGUUACAUUAGCCAGCCCCAAAGGAACAGUGGUUUUCAAGGUUUUUACUGGCUUACAACUCUACCUUCAUUCCGUACUGUAGACGCAUACAUACCAGGUAACUAAAUCGCUCCACCUUGAGUUAGUACUCUGACUAAAGGACAGGAAUUUGUAGAGCUUGUCUACAAAAUUCUCCAAGAAGUGUUGUGGUUUUGUUAUUUUUGUUAUUUCCUUUUGGUUCUCUCUCUCUCUCUCCUCAAAAUCAGCCAGUUCAGGUGCACAGCAACUUUUCUAUGCAGUUCCCAGGGAAACUGCAGACCUUGGAAUUUGUACUUUUUGUAAAGCUAUAUACUCUACGGGAAUUGCAAGCAAUAUAUCUAUCUUAGUAUUGUGUGUGCUAGUGAGAGCCCCAGUGGCUCCCUCACUCUCAGUGUUUCCUGCUUAAAGAAAAAAGUCAGAACUCUCUAAGAUCCUCUGUGUGUUACCAGAUCUGUGUAUGUCUCACCAUUUUUGGUCAUGUGGUGCUAUUUUUAUGUUAAGUAUAGGUCAGUAUCAGUCUAGAAAAUGUGAAACCUACCAGUAGUAAUGACUUAGUUACUUUCCUCUCAAGUUCACAGCUUGAAAAGAAACCUCAAAAGCAUGUGCUGGCAAACUGCUUACUGUCUGAGCUGUGUCCGGUCAGUGCUUGGAGAAUGUCUGUUUGCCGUUAGAUUCAUACACAGCAACAAGCUUCGCAGAUGGCUCUGGUGCUGUGGAUCAGGCAGAGAGCAGUUCAGGGAGCCGCUGAGGGGCCAGUCAUACAGCUGGCUGCCGGGAGUCAGCAGCUCUCCACUCUCUGCCUGAGACCUGAGCUCUGAGACCUGGACUCAAACAAACAGAAACCCAGAAUCUGAGGCCCAACCUCAAAGGCUAGGAGCUAAGGAAUACUUUAAGAUGUUUGUUGGUUUGCCAUGCUUUUUUGGCUCUUAAGAUACCAAGAAUGAUGGGCUUGGGGGGAAAUUUUUUGUUGGUUUUGUUUGUUUGUUUGUUUGUUUGUUUUUGAGAAAAAGUUUGAUUCCAGCCCUUGUGUGUAGCAGCAGCCCCAGCGGCGGCUCAGUAGCCCCUCCUUAGCACACAGGAUCUGCUCAUAUGUGAACGCCUCACCUCAGUGUUAACUCCUGUAGAUGACUAAUCCCGCUGCUCCCAGGAGCCGCUCUUGCUAAUCGGGUAUACGGUAUGCCUUUUCCUCGUCAAACUGCCUAAGUCGGGGUUUGUCCUCUCCCUGAAGCAUUAGUUCAGCUGAGAAAGCUGAAUGCCUCAGGGGAGGCUGGGCCCCAAGUGUUUACCUACUUAAGUGUGUUCUGAGGUUUCAGGUAAAUGUCUGUGAUUUUCUCAUUUUCCUUACAUGAAUGAGUUUGGUUUUGAUUUUUUUUUAAUUAAAUGCAAAACUUUUUUUUUUCAUGUUGUGUUAUCAAUUAAGUUUGUGACAAGAAAGGCCCUAAAUCUAAGGAUGUGAGAUGUCGGGCUCAGGGAAGGAGCCUCCUUUUUACUUAGGCCUGGGGCCUUCUGAGAUGCUUCCAGAGCUUUCUGUGGUGAGCAUAGUACACUUGGGCAGCUCGUCCAUGUCCUGGGCCUUGUCACUGUCUGUCAGAACUCAUAGACACGGAGUUCUUGUAUUUGUCAACUUGUUUAGCUGGUUUGAGUUUACCAAAGAGUGACUUAUCCAAAAUUGUCUUUGACAAAAAUAUACAUUGCUUUGAUUGUACAGUUCAGGUUCAAACAUUGUAAUGGGACUGGUAUAGGGCAGAAAACCGACUUGAGUUUAAUUGAUCAUGAUUCCGCAUCUGACAAAUUGCGCUUGCUCCCAUUCGUGUUGCUGACACUUUACCCUCUCCACUGAUAGCAGUGUUAAGAAUGAAUUCUCAAGCCAUAACACAGUACUGUAAAGUUCACAGGGCUUCGAGGGAGGCAGCGCCCAGGCCAGCACAGUGCUGCAUAGCCUGUCUGCAGUCACCAUGGGGCAGCAGCCGUUCAUUGUGCUUAGCCACAUGAGAAUGUGCCAGGAGAGGCAUCGAGGCCACCUAGCAGGCCUCUCUCCCUGAAGCGUACUGUGUAACUCCUUGUGGACAGCAAACCUGUCCCUGUACAGUAGUAGGUUAGGUCUCUCACUAUAGCUGGUGCACAAGUCCACUAAGAUAAACAAUAUGUGAAGACAUGUUUUACAGUGAAGUAUAUCCUGCCUUCCCACAGGCCUGUGCGUGAUCGAGUCUCCUCUCAGCUACCUUUCCAUGUUAGACAAUGUGAAGACAGCCACAGCGCCCGCCCUUCCCUGCGACAUUAGUACCAUUGCACAAACUGUGAAGACGUUUUAUACUUUUGCUAACACUUGUGGUUUUCAAUCUUUGUUUGUUCUCAUCAGUACUCUGCCCUCUUGUUUCUACUAAAGCUGUAAAUACAUUUAGAAACCAUUUGUAAAUACAGUUACACAGAUGAGUUCAUCUUCCUGGUCAGUGGGAAAGCCUCCCCGAUCAAUCGGCUCUGCCGUGGCAGGUUUCUCUCUCUCUCUCUCUCUCUCUCUCUCUCUCUCUCUCUCUCUCGUGUGUGUGUGUGUGUGUGUGUGUGUGUGUGUGUGUGUGUGUGUGUUUGUUUAAACAGCAGAAAGGAUACUGUCAGUUCACUGUUAUGCAGAAUAUACUGUAGGUAGAACUAAGGUGGUAAUUUUUAAAUCUCCCAGAGGUCUAUAAGUGUAUAUGCCUCCUCUAAUGAUGGCAAGUCUAACCUGCCUCCGUGUGUGUGUGUGUGUGUGUCUGUGUGUGUGUCUGUGUGUGUGUCUGUGUGUGUGUCUGUGUGUGUGUCUGUGUCUGUGUCUGUGUCUGUGUCUGUGUCUGUGUGUGUUUUAACAGCCCGGAUUCUAGGGAGAAUCCGCAAGAACACAAAGCAAGGGCUAGGGGACAUGUCCGUGUGAACAGACUCUGCCUCGGGCUGCUGUGUUUCCCUUUAAGCUUCCCACUUGUUACUGCUCUGUUUUUGUAGUUACCAUUGUUCUUAGAUUCUAUAAUGGUUUCCUGUGAAGCCUCCACUGAAAGGGACUCAAAUAUGCAACAUCUAAACUAUUUUCCAAGGGCUCAUGCCCCUUGAAUGGUGCUUCUAGCCUGGUCAGGGUUAUUUAUUAAAUUUUAUAUAUGAAAGUACUGGGGAAUUAUGUAAACUCUUUAUACGAGACUAUCUAGUUCUUACAUCAUAGAUUUCAUAUACUCAGUGCAGCUGAACUGAACGUUCAGAGAAGUCAUUCACUUUGUUCCAGAUUUGUAAUGGUCGUCACACACAUCGUCUUCAGUAAGUGCCAGAGUUCCCACUGUUCCUGCCAGGGCUUGCUAACUCCAGGUGCCCCCCUGGGUCUGGCACAGACAGGGCUAUUGCUGCUCCUGCUUAGCUCCUGGAGCAAGCUUUGCUCACUGCCCUGAGUGGCAGAUUGAGCAUACAAAUCUCUCACUGCCCUUCAGUGACAAGCAUGCUGUGAAUGCGGCCUCAGGACUUGGAGAACAAGCUCCAGGCUGCUGCCCUGACUAGAGCAAGAGGUAAACUCACCUGCCUCCCCUGAGAACGACCAUUUUCCUAAUGUGAAACCACCUCUUACCACUUUAGCAGUAGGGCUAACAGUCUUCUGUUACAAAUGGCUGAGCAAUGUGAAUGACUUCACAUGGUGUCAUUAUCUUGCAAUAUAAACUGGUAACCUCAACGCCACACUUCAUCACCACGUGAAGUAAAUGAAGCUAGCUAAGCGGAUGCUGUAUCAACUAGUAACUUGCCAUUAAGGUUAUUUUAUAGCAUGAAUUGAAGACUAUUUAUUCAAAUGAUAUUUUACUCAUAUUCAUUUUGCUUUAGGUUUGUGACAUGAAUAUUUCAGUGCUGCUUCAUUUCGUUCUGAAUUCUUGUUUCUUGCUUGUAAAUGGCUUUUUUAUGGUAAUAAAUUCAAUGGAGAUUGCUGUUUGUAAAUAAAAAUGCUGCUAGAGCAA